AUCCCUUAACACGUCAAUGUUAUUGUUACCCCAACAUUUACUCCGCGACAUGAAGUUGAAGCAAACAACAAGUGACUGUCUUCGUCCCGUUGUACAGACUGGCAUCGGCAGAUGUGUGUAACAUGGGUCCCCUGUUCUCGACGGACAAUGCGCUAUCCAUAGGCGGACACUUUUCAAGACACGCCAAACUCAAACCACUGAUUAGAUGAAAACAGUAGCACCAAAGUACAAACUUGGUUAUGUUUGGAAGUGUUUGCCUUGUCUUACAUUAGUGUUGGAACUUUGGUAUCAUUGGGAUUUUUGUAACUCGUCGUCAAGUCCAAGAAAGAAAGGGAUGAGGAUCACUAAACUCAUGAUUGCCGACUCAUCAGGAUCAUUUGGCAUUGUCGAGCGGGUUCAUCAUGGGGCGAUCGAUGUGGCUGUGCGUUCAAUGGAUUCAAAUAGAAACAAGGGUGGAGCUUGGGCUUUUUGACUGUCCACAAAAAGACAAAAAUUCGAAGCGCGAAUACGCGUAUCAACUUUGUAAUUGAGGUUGAUUCCAUCAUAGUUAACCCUAAGCCGUUGGUUGAGAGUUUGGCAGUCGGAGUCGCUAAAAUAUGACAUAAUGCUUAAGGC